GCGUGUUGGCAGCUCCAUCAUGCCGUCCGCUCCUGUCCGCCUUUCCCUAGCUUUCGCCGCAGCCAUCUUUUUACGGUUAUCCGCAGCGACACGGAGGCGUGAGAGAAGAAGAAGACGCCUCCGCCAGCUGCUGCUGCUGCUGGAUAAGUCUGAAACUUCUAAUCCAGCAACGUACUGCCGGCUGAACCAUAACGUUCCCAUCCUCCGUCUGUGGUUCAACGUGGAGUCCGAGUUGAAGCAGGAUUUCCGCCUGAGCAGAAGAGUGAUGCACGCCCUGCAGAGGCUCCUGCAGAAGGACCAGGAUCACGGCUGGGGCAACGAGCUGGAGGUAUUGAUCUACAUCUACUGGCUGGCUCACGGACUCUCCUACCGGGUUGUUUCUAGGGUCUUUAAUGUACCGAAAUCCACAAUCUACCGCAUCAUCCAUACUGUUGCUGAGAGGAUAUGGCUGCACUUCAACACGGCCAUCUCUUUCCCUCGUAUAGAAGAUCUACACCGGGUUGGACAAGGGUUUGUGGAGCGGUCUGGGACGGCGGCGUUUGACAAAGUUGUAGGCGUGAUCUCCUGCACACAUAUUAGGAUCAAACCUCCUCAAUAUCACCACUUUGAUUACAUCAAUGAGAAGGGUUUUCAUUCAGUUAGCAUGCAGGCUAUCCUUGAUUCCGACGGAAGGUUCCUGGACAUCCUGGCUGGUCACCCAGGAUCAGUUCCCAAUGCCAGAAUCAUGAGGAACAGCAGCUUUUACCAGGCGAGACGCUACCCUCCUCCUGGUUACAUCCUCCUGGGUGAUAAAAGCUACCCCUGCCUGGACUCCCCGAUCCGUCUGAUCACACCUUACACAGAGCCUGUAAGCCAACCGCCACAGAAGCUCUUCAACUUGCAUCAUUCUAAAGCCUGCAGCGCGGCCAUGAGGGCGUUCAGAGUGAUGAAGACUCGAUGGAGGUCUACCUUAUCGAGCGCCCUGGAGGUUAAACCGGAGUUUGCGACUCAGGUUGUUUCAUCGUGUGCUUUUCUGCAUAAUUUGUGUCUGGACAAUGCGGACGUUCUGGAACCGGAAGAUGACACAGCAGAGGACGCUACUGCCUCGUCUACUUUUCAGGAGGUCCUGACAGACGAUGAGACGCCUGGAGACGCCACCAGAGAUGAACUGGCUGCCAGGAACAUGUCGCCAGAGCUGCAGGAAUAACAUCUCCUUUUCUGUCAUUUAAAAUCAACUUAAUGCCUUAGUGCAGAGGUCCUUAACAGGGGGUCAGCGACCCCUAGGGGGUCCACGGAGGUACUGCAUGGGGGGUUACGAACGUUUUGGUUGAUUAGACUUUUUUAUAUUCCUCUGCAAUUUUU